AUAUAAGAGUCUGGCAUGCAAGUGAGGCCGUACGAUGAUACGCUGGUGGCUACCGCAAGGUGGUUUGUAUUAGAAUUGUUCUGGCUGACCAAGAGACCCGGACCACCGCCAGCCUACCGCCUUUCCCUUUCUUGAAGCCCAAGCCAUCGGACCCUCUAAACGAAACCCUUUGUCCCCCCUUCUUUGCCCCUCCAUCGACCAAUCCGCUCGUCUUUAAUUCCUUCCUCCUUCCCUCCUCCUCCUUUCUUCGAACCUAAUCUCACUAUUUUUUCUUCCCGCUCUUCAUUCGCUCUUUAUCCCUGCAGCUAGGGUUACACCUCUUGCCUUCCGAUCGGUUGCCUCUGCAAAUCCAUUGAGUUUGAGCUUAUUUAAUGGCAACUCCUCUGAUCACAGGAUUGUCGGUUGCGGCGGCUGCCAUGAGUGGUCGGUAUUUGAUUCGGGCGUGGCAGGCGUUCAAAGCUCGCCCUGCUGUUCCUCGGGCUCGCAGGUUUUACCCUGGUGGAUUUGAGAGGGAGAUGACAAGGAGAGAAGCAGCAUUGAUCCUUGGUGUCAGAGAGCAUGCUGCAUUGGAGAAGAUCAAAGAGGCUCAUAGGAGAGGGAUGGUAGCAAACCACCCGGACGGCGGAGGAAGUCAUUAUCUUGCUUCAAAGAUUAAUGAGGCGAAGGAUAUGUUGAUUGGAAGACAAAAGGGUGGGUCGUCUGUCUUUUAAUUGAAACAACAUUGUGUUUGGAUUACAGCAACUUCAUGGAUGAUUGAGGAAGGAAAGAUUGGAAAGUUUUAACAAUCCAAAAUUUUGUAGCUGUCUUCUUUGAUUCAACAUUCAAAUGUACUACUGAUGGAUGAUAUUUCAUACAGUUUAUUCUAUCAGCUGUAUUAUGUUAUUCUGAAAAAAUUGUUAUGGUGACAUUAAAGAAGAUUAUAAACAGUGAAUUCUUAA